UGAGUACAGAGAAGCCAGCUGCAAGUGCAAGCAAAUAAGGAGCGACAAUGGGCGAGGAGCAAAUUGAAAUGGGCGAUUCUGCUCUAAUGGAGCCUAUGAAGACUAAACCCGUGUUGAAACCUCAACCUAACAAAUACGAGAGAUUGUACCAGCCCUGCUUGGCUGAAAUUGUGGGGACCUUGUUCUUUGUUUUCAUCGGCUGUGUGUCUGUGAUCGAGAACGUACCAGAAGCUGGACGGCUACAGCCAGCCCUGGUGCACGGUCUGGCUGUAGCCGUGCUGGUGGCUGUCAUGGAUAAAAUCAGUGGCUCUCACUUUAACCCUCCCUUCACUGUUGCCAUCUACCUGUGUGGAGGCAUGGACCUGAUGAUGGCGGGGCUCUAUAUUGUCUGCCAGCUGAUUGGAGGAGUGGUGGGAGCUGGAAUGGCCAAGCUGAUGACCCCUCCAGAACGCUUCAUCAAUGCCACGGGAGCAGCGUUUACUAUCCUCAAGUCAGACAGCCAGCUGUCACGAGCCAUAUUCGGAGAGGUGGCCAUGACCUGCCUGAUAACUUUGGUGGUGCUGCUGGUGGCCGUCAAUACCAGGACGAAAACCCCACUGGCUCCUUUCCUGGUGGGCUGUACGGUCAUAAUCAAUGUCUUGGCAGGGGGUGAUAUAUCAGGAACGUGUCUAAAUCCUGCCAGGGCUUUCGGUCCAGCUGUGGUGACCGGCUACUGGACUUACCACUGGGUGUACUGGGUCGGUCCCAUUGGGGGAGGUCUUGUGGCUGCUGCUUUGGUCAGGAUCAUUCUGGGUGAUGAUAAACUCCGAAUCAUAAUGAAAUGACUCCAUUUACAGCUGUGGUGCAGGAUUCAAUAUAUCCAUAAGCUCUGUCUUUCACUCCAUAUAUUUAAAAAAGGGC